GUUUCGGCUCCGGCGCCGGGGGAAGGAUUUCCUCCGCUGUCACCGGAAGUACGGAAUGUUCUAGACUGGGUUACCGGAGAGCGCGCCGCGGUGACCGGGAAUAUCCGCAGACACGACUGGAGGGUUGCCACACUUGUUCCUGAAUGAGUUAGUAUAAUGUUUCUGUCAAGAUUCGCUCUGCAGCUUGUGAAAGCACCCAGACUGCCGGUUGAUCUGCCUGUUCUUGGUUCUGCCAUUCAACAUUGCAAAGCAUUAUCGAGGAAUUGCUACACACAGCCUCAUCAAACUAAGCUGAAACCACAACGUUGGUGCACACUAGAUAAUGAGUUGGAGGAGUUUCUGACUCCACGGAAAUUGUCCAUUAGUCCAUUAGAAGGUUGGCUAACAAUUAAAUACCAUGUACCGGGGUUGGAUCUAAACAAUGAGCAAAGUAUUGGGAUAAGUGUCCAACAUUCUUCUCAGCAGUAUGACUGUCCUUCAGCUGAGGAACCUUUACCAUUUGGUGAGAAUGGAGAAGUGAUGAACUGCAAUAAAGAUGAAAUCCAGUGUAAAAAUGUACUGAAAAUUCGCAGGAGAAAAAUGAAUAGGCACAAGUACAAAAAGUUAUUAAAACGUACCAAGUUUUUACGCAGACGAAUCAAAGAAAACCGUAGACGAAGACGGCAAAUAAAGUUUGAGAGGGAUUUGAAGCGAAUCUGGAAGAAGGCUGGACUGAAGAAACCACCAGAAGGCUGGCAGGCACCAAAGAUAUUUGUGAAACGAUACCAUGGAAAAUCUGAAUGACACUGGAAACAACAGCUGUGUUCUAUAUAAAGCGAAACAAAAUGUUUUGAAGAAUAGCUGUGUGAAGCCUUCUUUUAGACCAUAGUCAAAUUAUUCAUAUUGCCUUUGUGUGAGGAAGAAAUCUGGUCAACUGUGAGAGAAAGCUCAAGUCUCACUAAUAAGUUUAAACAUUGAGAUGUUAGAUCUUUAAAUGAGGUUUUCAUCAUAUUCACAAUGACUUACAUAUCGUUAAUGCUUUCAAAGUUUCAAAAUGUAGCAAGGUGAAUGUAGCAAUGAAUACUUGCAAUCAAAAUUUGAUAAAUUCCCCCCCACCCCCAAUGAGGAGAAAUUAGGAAAGGUAGCCAAAAGCUCAGCUGAAAUAAGUUUUUAGGAAUGUCUUAAAGAGGGAGAGAAAGGUUUAUGGAGAGUAUUCCAUGGCUUAGGCUUGCAACAGCUGAAGGCAUGGCAGCUUGGGGCUGCAUAUGAGGGUAGGAUUAAAGGAGUGCAGAGAAGGAAGAUGUUUGUGGCGGUUGAAGAUCAAUCAUCUUAGGCCAAGGACCUCACUGCAGGCAUUCCUCAGGGUAAUGUCCUUGGCCCAAUCAUCAUCAGCUGCUUCAACAGUGACCUCUCCAUCAUAAGGUCAGAAGUGGGAAUGAUUGCUCAAUGUUCAGCUCCUUUUGUGAUGCCUCAGAUAUGGAAACAGUCCAUGUUCAAAUACAGUAAGACUUUGACAAUAUCCAGGCUUGGGCUGGCACGUGACAUUUGUGCCACUCAAUGCCUAGUAAUGACCAUUUUCAAAAAGAGAGAAUCCAACCAUUGCCCCUUGUUGUUUGCUAGCAUAACUUCAAUGAAUCCCCCACCAUCAAUUCUGGGAGUUAGCAUUGGCCAGAAACUGAACUUGACUGACGAUAUGAAUACUGUAGUUACAAUAACAAUUCAGAGGCUGAGAGUUCUGUGGUGAGUAAUUCACCUAACUCCUCAAGAUUGCCCAUCAUCUGCAAGGUAUAAUUCUGGAAUGUGAUGGAAUGCAUGAUACUAUUCAGGGCAUAGCCGCCUGCUUGAUUACCACCCCACCCAUAACCUUCAACAUUUCCUCCUUCCACCACCAUUGUAGCACUAUUGUGUACCAUCUGCAAGGUGCAUUGCUAUAACUCACCUUAGGCAGUACCUUCCAAAUUCUCACCCCUCAUUACAUUAAAGGGCAAAGACAGCAGAUAAUAUGGAUACAUAACCACUUUAAGUUGCCUCCCAAGAGAAGGAGUCAUCAUGAUUAAGAACUAAACUGAUUUUCCUUUACUGUCACUGGCUCAAAAUCCUGGAAUUCAAUUCCAAACAGAAUUACCAGUGAACCUACACCAUAUGAAUUGCAGUAGUUCAAGAAGACAGCUCACCCAUGAUUUGUCAAAUUGUAAUUAGAUUAGAUUAGAUUACUUACAGUGUGGAAACAGGCCCUUCGGCCCAACAAGUACACACCGACCCGCAGAAGCGCAACCCACCCAUACCCCUACAUUUACCCCCUACCUAACACUACAGGCAAUUUAGCAUAGCCAAUUCACCUGAAUUCCGCACAUCUUUGGACUGUGGGAGGAAACCGGAGCACCCGGAGGAAACACAGGGAGAAGGUGCAAACUCCACACAGUCGCCUGAGUCAGGAAUUGAACCCGGGUCUCAGGCGCUGUGAGAUAGCAGUGCUAACCACUGUGCCACCCACAAAUUAGGGAUGGGCAAUAAAUUAAAGCUUAGCCAGUGAUCCCCUCAUCCUGUAAAUUAAUUUCUAAAAACAAAAUCUUGAGUGGGCUGAGUUGAUGUUACAGAGAUGAAGAGGGAUAAGACUAUUGAAUCAUUUGAAAACAAGGUGAGAAUUUUAAAAUUGAAGCAUUGCCCACCAAUGGGUGAUGUAAAGGGACUUGGUACAGCUGAGGGUAGUGGCAGCAGAAUUUUGGAAUGCUUCAGAUUUGCUGAAGGUGAAAGGAGGAAGAGCAGCUACAAUAGCAUUCAAAUGGCCAAAUGUAGAGGGAAGGAGCAUGGAUGUAGUUGGAGCAGAUGAUAUUAAACUGGUUUUUAUAUUGGAGUAUAUGCAUCACAGGUAAAGUCAGCAUUUUGUAACCAUUCCCUAAUUGCUGUUGAACAGAUAACUUUGUUACAGCAAUUUAGAGAAUGGUUAAGGGUCAACCUGAUUCAUGGUCAGCAUUACUGGAAUCAAUUUUUAAUUCCAGUCUAUUCUUUGAAUUUAAAUGCCAUUAAUUAGAGUUUAAUUAAUUGCUGGCUGGGUUUUGAACCUAUGUCCCUGGCAAAUUAACUUAGUCCAGAGGGAUUAUUAAUCUAAUUACAUUGCCCCUGUACUAUUGCCACUACCCCUCGCAGAUGUAAAGUGGAUAGAAGUAGGCGUUUUUGGUGAUGAAGGCGAUAUGUGGUAGAUCCAGUCCACUAGGCUGCUAAGGUUGCAGAGCAGUCUGGCUCAGCCAGAGGCUGUGGUCAGAGAGUCGGUGGUAUGGAGUCUGUGGCUUAGAUGUAAAGUUUGUAUUGGAAGCAAAAGACAAAGGUCUUUGGUCUUUGGUCUUCCCAAUGUUUAAUUUCUAUUCGUCCAAUACGGCAGGUCAGGUAUUCAAGGGGACAUGAGAAAUAAUGAGUGUCAGAUGCCAUUCAUGUACAAAUGGAACUCUACGGUCUAAGAUAAUGUUGCUUUGGGCAAUGCUGGAAAAUUAAGAGUAGGAGAAGGGGUCAAAGAAAAAUAACUAAUGACUCCAAAGGUCACACUAUGGGAUUAGAAGUAAUACAGUUGCAGGUGAUUUGCUCCAACUGGAUAGCUAAGAAUGGAGCCAGAUAGAUGGGAGAGGACCUUAACGAUGUCAAGGUAUGCCACAGACACGUUGGAAAAGAUUUUUUAAAAAUUUACUAUAGCCCAGGCAUGAAGAAUGUAAUUUUUGGUUUUACUAAAAUAUAUCUCAGUGCUAUGAUCAGUGAUGUUCAAAUAGCAAGAAAAUGAGUGCGGAUUUAGAAGGCAACAACAGUAAAAAGAGUUUUGAGAGGAUAGUACAAUCAGACAGCUAAAUAAUGCACUCAGUGACAACUUGCAAUGGCUUCUUCAACAGCACCUUCCAAGCCAUGACCGCUGCAACCCUACAGGAUGAAUGUAGCAGAUUCACAGGAACACUACCACCUUCGAGUUCCCAUCUAGACCUCAAACCAUCCUGGAUUGCAACUAUGUGACCAUUCCUUCACUGUCAAAAUCCUAAACCUCUCCCAUUACCUUCAUGAGGACUGUGGGUAUAUGUUCAUGUCCAAUUACUCCAGCGGUUCAAGAAGGCAGCUCACCACCAUGUUCUCAAGGACAAUUGAGGAUAAGCAGCAAAUUUUGGCCUAGUUAGUGACACCCAGACUCCAUGAAUAAAUAAAGUAAGUGAGGCACAUUACAAGCUUGACUGGUUACAAAUGCAAGUACUAACAUAUUUGGAGUUGUUCUCAAAGUGUUGUCCAAUUACAGAAUCAGAUAUAUCUAACACUGCAUGUUUUCCUGUUAGGUUUUGCAGGCAAGGGCGGCUACAUACUGUCUGUACUUUGCCUAUUACAAACAACCAAAGGAAUGUACUGUUUGAAUUUAAGCAAUUGUUGAAACCAUAUGGUCUUCAUAUGUGCAUUCUUUUGAGUUAUCAAGGUACAUGGGAGCCUAUAGGUUCCCACCACUUUCUCUACAGUAAGCCUUGGCCAAUUAUUGACUUGCAAACAAUCAGCACCAUUUUCUCCUGUGGUAUAAAUUGUGAUGAGGAAAUGAUAAAGCAGACCAGAAUUUGAAAAUACGGUAAAAAUUAUCUCAGUAUCUUAGCAGGACUUAUACACUUAAUGGUAAGGUCCUAGGGAGUGUUGCUGAACAAAGAGACCUUGGAGUGCAGGUUCAUAGCUCCUUGAAAGUAGCCACAGGUAGAUAGGAUCGUGAAGAUGAUGUUUGGUAAAUACUUUCCUUAAUUGGACAGAGUAUUGCGUAUAGGAGUUGGCUGUUCAGGACAUUGAUUAGGCCGCUGUUGGAAUAUUGCAUACAAUUCUGGUCUCAAGGAUGUUGUGAAACUUGAAAGGGUUCGGAAGAGAUUUACAGGGAUGUUGCCUGUGUUGGAGAAUUUGAGCUAUAGGGAGAGGCUGAAUAAGCUGGGUCUGUUUUUCCUGGACUGUCUGAGUCUGAGGGUGACCAUAUAGAGGUUUAUAAAAUCAUGAGGGGCAUGGAUAGGGUAAAUAGGCAAGGUCUUUUUUCUGGGGGAGUCCAGAACUAGAGGGCAUAGGUUUAGGGUGAUAGGGGAAAGAUAUAAAAGGGACCUAAGGGGCAACCUUUUCACACAGAGAAUGGUGCUUAUAUGAAAUGAGCUGCCAGAGGAAGUGGUGGAGCUGGUACAAUUGCAAUAUUUAAAAGGCAUCAGGAUGAAGAGAUGAAUAAGAAGGGUUUGGAGGGAUAUGGGCCUGGUGCUGGCAAGUGGUAUUAGAUUAGCUUGAGAUAUCUUGUCGCAUGGAUGAGCUGAACUGAAGGGUCUGUUUCCAUGCUAUACAUCUCUGUGACUCUGUGACAUGGGGCUGAAGACAAGGAUGGGAAUGACUGUAGUGGAAAUAUUCAGUCUUAGAAAGGAGAGAGCUAAAGAAACAGAAUGGACAGCACUGCAGAUGCCAGAACUCAGACAACAUAAAAAUAUAAGAUAAAGGAGCUGGAUUAGACCAUACAGACCCUCAAGCCUACUCUACCAUUCAAAACAAUCACAGCUGAUCUGUUGUAAUUCCAUUUCCUUCCAUCUCACCAUAUCUCUUGAUCUCACAAAAUACCUAAAUCCUAGUGUCUCCAAACCUUAAAUACAUUCAGUGUUGGAGCACCCACAACUGUCUGAAGAUUCACAACCAUCCAAGAAAAGAAAUUUAUUCUCAUCUCAGUUCUAAAUAAUGGACCCUUUAUAUUGAGACUGUACUCCAAUAUUCUAAGUUUCCCAGCCAUUGGAAAGAACUUCUCAUUGUCUAUCAUGUGAAGCCUCUUCACAAUCUUGUGUAUUUCAAAUAGAUCACUUCUCAUUCUAUGAAUUCCGGAGAGCUAAGGCCAAUUCACUCAGCCUUUCGGCAUAGGAUGACCUCGUUCCCAGGAAAGAAAUCUAGUAAACCUUUGUUGUAUUUCAUUCACUGCAAAUAUAUCAUGCCUGUGAUAUCAAGAGUAAGACUUCUCAGAGUACUUGAGAGUUGUUAACCAAACCAUUAUGUAAUUGUAGAAAAAAAAUCCUAAUUCUUUUACUUCCCUUUGCAAUGUUGAUUUCAAUCAAUAUGCCAAUUGCCUUCAUUAUUUGGUGUACAUGCAUUCAAACUUACUGCAAUCUUUGUACACAUACAUCCCAUCCUCUAUUAACAUUUAGAAGUUUCAAGAUUUUUAAAAUGAUUUUGCUUUCUAUUCUUAAUAUCAAAGUGAAUAACUUCAUGCUAUCCCACAUAAUAUUUCACCCAAAGGAUGCCUUCACUGCUUCCAACAAUUCUACCAUUUACUAUCCAAACUCUAUCUUUCUGUCUUAGCUCCAUAAUCCAUAAUAUAUUUAGCCAGCAAAUUCCAUUUACCUCAGAUUCCAAACUUUUUCACGCAGAGAGUGGUACAUGUAUGGAAUGAGCUGCCAGAGGAAGUGGUGGAGGCUGGUACAAUUGCAACAUUUAAGAGGCAGUUGGAUGGGUAUAUGAAUAGGAAGGGUUUGGGGGGGAUAUGGGCUGGGUGCUGGCAGGUGGGAGUAGAUUGGGUUGGGAUAUUUGGUCGGCAUGGACAGGUUGGACCAAAGGGUCUGUUUCUGUGCUGUACAUCUCUAUGACUCUAGACUCCAUGUUUUAUGUAAAGAAAUACUCCCCAGAAUACAAAAUAGGGAAACAUUAUUAGGGAAAAAUGAUAACAGAGGGAAGGUUGAUGUACAGACUAAAGUUAAUACAUUCUAAUGCCCAUUUAAUAUAAUAAUUUGAAUAAUCAUAAAUAUCUGUUUAGGAAUGAUCAAUUCUGCAAGAUGUGUUCAAGCGUGUUCUUGGAAUGGGAAUAUUGGAAUUCCUGGCUUAAAUUUUAUUCACUAUCAUAUUGAACUAAGGGAAAUAAAAUAGCCUCAGAAAAGUCCAGAGAGUUCAGAAAGAGGCAGGAAAACAUUCUCACUACCACAGCCCUAGUUGGAAUUUGACAAUGAUUCCACUGACAAAUCUGGGGUCAACCCCAAAUAGCGACAUCCAGAGUCCAGCUGCUCUAUGCUUUUUGUAGACUUGCCUGGAAUUUUAAGUCAUAAGCACUCAAUCUGUGAAGUUGUCCUCCCAUUUCUUCACAAGGAGAAAAUCUAAAUAUUCAUUUCAAUGAGAAAGGAAGAGGCCUCACCUGCUGGUUAGAAUUUAUUUUACAGCAACUGGCAGCUCUCAGUCACAUACAUAAGAAACUGUCAACUCUGAAAUGUUUUGCAACCAAUCAAUUUUAAUAUUAAAGAAUAUUUGCAUUGUUUCUCUGUACAUAUUGCAAUGUUGUGUAUAAAUCAAUUUUUACAUAGAAUGACAUAGGAUCUUAUAACACAGGAACUGGCUAUGGCCUGACAUAUCUAUGCUGGUGUUUACAAGAUGCCCAUAAAAUUAAACAUGAUUGAUAUAUUA